UCAACAUUCGUAUAACGAAACCACAUCAGGUGUGAUUUCUGGUCGACGUCGAACUCUCGCAGCUUCGCUGAGAUUCUUGCUUAUUGAUUCUCCUUCGACCCGAAGCUAUGGCUUGGUUCGAAUCACCAUUCUUACGCUGGAACUCUUUUGGGGUUUCCUUGCAAGAGUUUUUCUGGAUUAGAAGAUGCAUAGUAGAAAGGACCGAGCUGCUGCUGUUAAGCAAGCUGAAUCUGUUAAACGAGCAGAACCUGUACAACCAAAUGAAUCUAAUGAGGAGGGAAAGAAAGUAACGUGCUCAAGAGCUCAAGAAAAACAACAUUGCUUAUUCAUUGGUAAUAUUCCUAAACACUGGACAGAAGAUGUUCUGAGAGAAAAGGUGGAAGCGAUAGGUGUUGGAGUCACUAAAGUGGAUUUGGUGAUGGUAAACUGCAGACACCUAUCUCCCAGGAUAUUGCAUUAACUAUGAAAUAAUUGUGUUACUCACCUUUUUCUGAUUCACACAUUGUGUUUGUUUUCAUUCUUGACUGUUCUAUGAUAAAGAAUACAUAUCAUGGCUGUAAUAAGCAUUUUGCUUUUGUUGAGUAUCGUGACCAUGAUUGUGCAAAAUAUUGUAAAGAGAAAAUGUCUGAUCCAACAUUCAAACUGGAUGGUAAUGCGCCUACGGUGACUUACUAUAAUCCUUCAGCUUCUCAGGUGAAUUCAAUUUAUGUAAAAAACUUACCUAAUAAUGUGACUGAAGAUCAUUUGAGAAGGCCAUUUGAGCACCACGGAAAAAUCAAUACUGUGGACCUUCCAACUCCAAAGUGUGAAUAUGGUUUUGUGCAUUUUAGUGAGCGGUCAGCAGCCAAGAAAGGAUUACGGAAUUCUGAGAGACACCAUCUAGAUGGUCGAGUCCUUGAGUGCGACCUUGGAAAAGCUCAAACUGUAAAGAAAGGUGCAAUAGGACCUAAUACACAGAAAGGUCCUCUGCCACCAAAUUGUCCUUCCCAAAUGGACAAUAUGUGCAGAUCUCGGAAAUGUCAAAAUUGUCUGCUGAUCCUAAUUGCGUGGAAGUGGAAGAUCCGGCGAAGGCCAGCAAAGUAA